AUUUAAAAUGGAUAGGGUGCGGGCUUAUGCAUUUGUCAAAAAAACAAUUAUAAAGUGACCGCCUGUUUAAAAAAAAUCACCACUCUUUCUCUUCACAUCUUUAUUUUUCAUUUUUGCUUAUCAGGUGCACAUUAUUUAACCACAUCUCAAUUUUAUUUUUCAACUUUGAUUUCAUCUAAAAAAAUGGCACAACUCCCGGUGAUGACACCAGCGCCUUCCGUGGCAAACAUGACUGAUCUCAACGAGCGCCUGUCGCGGUGGCAGGAGCGGCUUCGCAGCCCAACAGAGUUGCAGCUUCCGACGGACUACCCACGUCCAAUUCCGCUCAAGGUCGUCGAGGCUGUGGAGACAUUCGCGCUGAGCACUCAAUCCAGCCUCUCACUACUGCAGCUCGCACUCUACCUGCAACAGCAGCAGCCUGAAUCCGAUGAUGACGACCACACGGCAUCCCCCUUCACAGUGCUUCUGGCAGCAUUCGCGGUGCUAAUGCACAGGUACACGGCCGAGGAGGACAUUGUAGUGAGCAGCUCGAGCGAGACUUCGAACCCGCUGGUUUUGCGGCUAGAGGUCAAGGCGACGGACAGCUUCCUGGACGUCCUGCGGAUGGCCCAGCGGGUGUCGCGCGAGGCAGCAGCCGACGAGGUACCCUUUGGCGCUCUGAUGGCGGCCGUGGCGGCGGCAGCAUCGGCGGCGGCAGCAUCGGCGGCGGGAGCCAGCGGCGCAGAGGCGGAUGCCAAUGCCGUGCCGGCUCUGUUCCGCGUGCGGUUCUUCAACCAGUCCGAUGCCUCUGACAACACUUUGCGGCUGACAACGACUCUGGCGACGGACUUUACGGUUCUGGUGCGCCAGCGGUCGACAGCGUCCCUGCGGCAGCUGUACCCGACCAUCGAGCUGCAGAUCGCCUACAACCAGGUUCUGUUCACGGCCCAGCGCAUUGCGCACAUGGUCGCGCAGCUCGAGGUCGUUCUGGCAGCAGCCUCGACGACGCUGGCUCUGGAGCAGGCCGGUCAUGCGCUGGCUUCGGAGUACCAAGUGGGCAACAUGAGCAUUGCCGCGCCCUUGGACCUGGCUGCGGUGCCCAACCCGCGCGAGGAGCUCAAGUGGGGCGAGUUCCCCGGCAGCAUCACCGAGAUCUUUGCGCGCAAUACGCAGAAGCACCCCGAGCGGCGCUUUAUCGUCGAGAACGUUCUACGCGACGACGCUGAGCACAGCGGCAAGCAGGUGCUUGUCGAGCGCUCGUUCAGCUAUGCGCAGAUCUUCCGCGCGGCACGCAUCCUGAGCCGCACUCUGAGACGCGGCGGCGUGCAGCGCGAGGACGUUGUCAUCGUGUACGCUCACCGCGGCGCCGACCUGGUGGUGGCUAUCCUCGGUGUGCUGAUGGCUGGCGCCACCUACAGCGUCGUUGACCCGGCAUACCCGCCGGCGCGCCAGAACGUAUACUUGUCAGUGGCACAGCCACGCGGACUUGUAGUGCUGAGCCAUGCCGGGCAGCUUCCCGAUGAGGUGCGCGAGUAUGUUGCGGCGGAGCUCGAUGUUGUGUGCACUGUGCCGGGGCUGGAGCUGCAGGACGACGGGUCUUUGGGGCUGGGCAUUGAACAGGGUGAGUUUGAUGGGUCUGAGGAGAACGAUGUCAUUGCUGUGGGCCCCGACUCGGUUGGUACCCUGUCGUUCACCAGCGGCAGCACGGGCAUCCCCAAGGGUGUGCGCGGCCGCCACUAUUCGCUGACGCACUUUUACCCGUGGAUGGGCGGCAAGUUCGGGCUUGGAUCCGGCGACCGGUUCACGAUGCUGUCGGGCAUUGCGCAUGAUCCGAUCCAGCGUGACGUUUUUACGCCUGUUUUCUUCGGCGCCGAACUGCAUAUCCCGACUGCCGAAGACAUUGGCAUUCCGGGCCAGCUUGCGCAGUGGAUGGGGGCGCACAACAUUACCGUCACGCAUCUGACGCCAGCCAUGGGUCAGCUCCUGUCCGCCAAUGCCACAGCGUCGAUUCCGUCGCUGUGCAACGCGUUCUUUGUCGGUGACUUGCUGACCAAGCGUGACUGCCACCGGAUGCAGAGCUUGGCGACUAACUGUCGCAUCAUCAACAUGUACGGAACCACCGAGACGCAGCGCGCCGUGUCAUACUGCCAGGUACCACCGUUCGCUCAGAGCCCGUCGUUCCUGACGUCGGCCAAGGAUGUCAUUCCGGCUGGCCGCGGUAUGUACGACGUGCAGCUGCUUGUGGUUAAUCGCCAUGGCAACGGUGCCAUGUGUGCGGUCGGUGAGGUCGGCGAGAUCUAUGUGCGCAGCGGCGGUCUGGCUGAGGGUUACCUGCGGCUGCCCGAGGCCACGGCCGAGAAGUUUGUGCCCAACUGGUUUGCUCCGGCGCCUGCAGCGCCCACCGAGACCAUCGAGUUCUACAAGGGCCCCCGCGACCGCAUGUACCGCACGGGCGAUCUCGGUCGCUACCGCCCUGAUGGCGAUGUCGAGUGCAUUGGUCGUAUUGACGAUCAGGUCAAGAUCCGCGGAUUCCGCAUUGAGCUGGGCGAGAUCAACAACAUGCUUUCGCAGCACCCGCGCAUCCGCGCCAAUGUCACUAUGGUCCGUCGUGACAAGUAUGAGGAGAUGACGCUGGUGGCGUACAUUGUGCCCAGCGAGGAGGAGCAGCGGCGCACGGACGAUCCGGGCCGCCGCAGCCUCAUUGCCGCCAUCCGCGAGUAUCUCAAGCAGAAGCUGCCCAGCUACGCUGUGCCGUCUGCCUUUGUGCCCCUGAAGAAGCUGCCGCUGACGCCCAACGGCAAGGUCGACAAGGCUGCGCUCCCCUUCCCCGAUACGCCAAUGUUUUCCAGGGAGGGUAGCUCUGCGGAGACCGCGUUGGCUGCCGAGCGCGCCGAGCUCGAUGGUAUGUCGCCCACGGAGCGCGCGCUGGCGCUGAUCUGGAUUGAUCUGCUGGAGCUGCCGGCUACAACGCCCGUGGACCUGGACGCCAACUUCUUCGAUAUCGGCGGCCACUCGAUCCUGGCCACGCGCAUGGUCUUCCGCGUGCGCAACGACUUUGCCAUCGAUGCACCGCUCGGACUGGUGUUCAAGGCACCCGUGCUGCGCGCCAUGGCAGCGGCCAUCGACUCGCUGCAGGGCGAUCUCCAGCUGGACGACAGCCAGCCACAGGCCGAGGAAGUCACUGCUACCACGGACUACGCCGCCGACCUCGACAUGCUGCUACCGCAGAUGCCGCGCAUCGGCGCCGCAUACGUGGCAUACCCGCCGGUGCUGGUUGAGCAGGACGGCGCGCCGACGUUCUUCCUUACUGGUGCCACGGGCUUCCUCGGCGCCUUUGUGCUGGCCGAGCUGCUGAGCCGCCACCCGCGCAGCACCGUGCUCUGCCUUACGCGCGCUGCCACGGAGGAGGCUGCCAUGCAGCGCGUCCGUGCCGCUGCCGAGGCCAACCUUGUGUGGCAGGACAGCUGGGCGACGCGCGUGCGCGCCAUUGUCGGUGAUCUGGCCAAGCCGCACUUGGGUCUGAGCGACAGUGACUGGGCUGAGUGCAUCGAGAGUGUCGAUGCUAUUGUGCAUAACGGAGCGUUGGUGCACUGGGUGUACCCGUACGAGAAGCUGCGCGCACCCAAUGUGCUCAGCACGCUGGAGGUUUUGCGCAUGGCCAGCGAGCACCAUGUCAAGCCGUUGACAUUUGUUUCGAGCACGUCGGCUCUGGACACUGACCAUUACGUGGAGGUCGGCGAGGCGCUGCCCCUGGGUGUGCGCGAGUCCGAUGAUCUCGAGGGCAGCCGGACGGGGUUGGGCUCCGGUUACGGUCAGUCCAAGUGGGUUUCCGAGAAGCUCCUUAUGCAUGCUCGCAAGGACGGAUUCCCAGUGACCAUUGUGCGGCCUGGGUACGUUCUGGGCCACUCGCAGACUGGCGCCACUAACACCGAUGAUUUCAUCUGGCGUCUUGCCAAGGGAUGCCUGGAGCUGGGCCAGUCGCCCGUCAUGCACAACGCUGUCAAUCUGUGCCCCGUCGACUAUGUCGCCAGCGUCGUUGUCGAGGCCAUUUCGCAGCCGCGCGCCCUGGACCAUGUGGUCUACCAUGUGUUCAACCGCGAGCACUUCCGCUUCCAGAACCUCUUCGACCUCAUGCGCGCCUACGGCUACCGCGUCAAGGACAUCGCGUACAUGCAGUGGCGCUCGCAUCUGAUGGAGUAUACGCUGGCCAACAAUGACUCGGCUCUGUACCCGCUUUUGCACUAUGUUUUGGAUGACCUGCCCACGUCCACCAAGAGCCCCGAUCUCGAUGACACACACACUCAGGGUUUGCUCGAAGGCACCGGUGUUGCUUGCCCGAAGAUGCAGAGCCUGAUUGGGCUUUACUUGGCUUACCUCGUCAAGGCUGGUUUCCUCGAGUCGCCUGUUGCUGAUUCAGCUGAGCUCCAGCUGCCCGAGCUCAACAUUGAGUUGCAUGGCCUGAUCUCCCGCUCCAACCACAACUAAAUCUCGGAUUUUUUCACUGUAAUAAAAAAUUCAUUGGUUCUUUUUUCUUUAUC